AUGGUCAUCAACAAUGCCCAAUUAAUCUGCUCCCACAACAAACCCCGCCGCUAUCACGGGACAGUUGUGCCUGCUCUGAGUGUUGUAAGAGUCACAUCAGUGCCUUUAGAUGUCCUGCAUGUAAAUGUUCAGGAAUCAAUCAAGCAUCUGUUUCCUUGUCAGUCUCAAGUACAGCUGGCUGAUACAGUCACCUUCCAUGGAACAAGGUACUCAAAAGGCAUGAUCGUGGCCUAUGGUUGUACUGCUGGUCUUCCUGAUUUUGCAGAGAUUGUUCAAAUUGCCCUUUUUGGGGAAAAGGUGCAUUUUAUUGUGAAAACACUCAUGUCCUGGUAUGAUGAACACUAUCGUGGAUUUCAUCUUGAGAAGACCGAUCACAUAACUCUUGUUGAACAACAAAACCUUAACAUGGAACCAACAGUCAGAUUCCGGGUCCUCAUUGAUCACGAGGUCAAAAAACUUACACUCAACAGUGGCAUACCCUCAACUGUGGAUGAAUUGGUUGCAGCCAUCAAAAAACAAUUUGCCAUCACCACAGAAAUCAGUCUUCAGUACAAAGAUGAAGAGUUUGAUGACUUUUUCACCCUAACGACCACAAAGGAACUCAAAGAUAAAGACACACUGAAAGUAGUGUGUGUACCGCUAAACAUAACACUGACCCUUGUUCCCCAGGAAAGCACCCCUGAUACCUCCAGUGUGUACUCUUUAUCCGAGACUGUGACACACUCUGACGGCUCAGAUGAUACUGUGAUUCUGUCUCCUUCACCCUCUGAAAGGCAAAAACCAUGGCCUGCUCUAUUUCCCAUUCCAACUUUCUCACACAACACUGAGCUGGCUUUGAGUCAAGGUAAUGAGAUUUAUUUAAGAGAUGGCACCCUACUGACAUCACCCAGUGUCAAAGCGGAUAUCUUGGAGCGCCUGGCAGAGGCCAUGUUUAGCUACACAGCGUACCCCAAUGAUGCCCAGAGGUCUGCAGUAGCACAGGCACUAAUAGAAAAGCAUCCCUGUUUGAAGGAGCCUGGCUCUUUUAAUGGAAUUUAUGGGUGGCAACAAAGCCUGAAAUACAAAUGUGGAAACUAUCGUACCAAACGUAAAGCAUUGGGAAGCCCUGAACUCCUGAUAAACUCAAUGAAAUACAAGAUGGGAGAUGACAGAAAACCUGCUAAAAACAUCAAGAAACCAAAGAGGGCAGAAGUAAAUUACCUGCCUCAGCACCCUUCUGGUGAAACAGACAGCAGCCUUGAGAAUGUGAGGCUUGACCUAAUAGAAGCCAGCAAGAAAAGGGAUGUCAAAAGCAUAAAUGACAUGAUGGCCAGGACAUAUAGCUGGAGAAGAAUGGAAGUGGUUGUCCAGUCCCCAGAUGUGGCAAAAUUUAAAGAAAGAUGGCCUGCCCUCUUUGAACCAUCCCAGAUAAAUGAAGAAUUCCGAAGGUGUGCUGCAGUUCCACUAGAAUCAGUGUUUAUGUCCCAGCUGGACAAGUACACUCCAAAACUUCUUGACCUGUUUAGUGCGAAGGGUGGAGCGGUUGGUCAACGCAUCAAGAACUUGUUAAUGGAACUGAUACAGGAUCCAAGUACCUCUGUGGUGAAGAAGAGAGACGUGACUCUGAGAUGCCUCGUUGAAUACAUGGGAGAGAGUGGGCAAGAGCUCAUCUCUGACUACUAUGGAAAAACAGAGAGCAGUGUCCACGAGGACUUGAAAAUGAGCAAUAUGCAGAUAUACGUCUGCCGUGAACCAGAUGCAGUGGGCAUCAUCAUUGAGGGAAUCCCAGUGCUUACUGAUCUUGGAAAUCUGGCCAGGGCAUGUUGCCUGCUUCUGGGGAUGACAUAUGCUCUGAACCUGCAGUAUCCACCACAACUCUGCAAAACAUUUGAGGUGUUCCAAAGACUUUUUGUGGGACUUGACACACUGCGCCCAAAACCUUCCUCCCGAUUCAUGACACUAAAAAACAAACUUCUGAGUUAGUUGGUCAAAUGCCAGCCUCGCACUCAUAAAUGGCAAUCUCAUUGUGUUUUUCAGAGAGCUUUUCAGAAGAUUGUUCUGAAUGUUUAUUUGUUAAUUGGCUGCAGUUCAGAAGUUCUGUUAUAUAAACCAGUUUAUGGUAAAAUGUUUUAAUACAUACUAAGAUGUACUGUGCACUUACGGAUUGAAGCUGAAGUCAGUUAUUUUGUGUCAGAUGCCGUGAUCCGGCUUCCCUGUGUUUUAUUUUAAUGUCCUUGUAAGGAUAUAUGUAAGAUUGUUGUUUAAUUUUUGUUUUCUUUGCUUCACCACUCUUGCUCGGUGGGCAGUUUAACUGAGAAAAAUGUGGUAGUCAAGCACAGACUUUUUCAGUUCCUGGAUAAGCCUCCAGCUGCUGGGCACUUGAGCCCUUGACUCAGUUCUGUUAUGUCAAAUGCUGAGGUCAGAGGCCCUUUAUUUCAUUGUCAAAUGUUUUAGUAGAAUAUGGCACAGAUUGUACUUAAAACAUGUUCUUGUAUUAGUUUAUGUUUUAAUACAUAUGAAAAGGUACUGUACUGUGCACUAAAGUCAGUCCUUUUAUGUAAAUUGCUCAGGUCAAGAGUCACUGUAUUUUAAUGUCAGUGUUAAUAGUACACAGAUUGCACUUUGAAGGUGUUCCAUUCUGCACUUAAAGAUGAGGUCAGAAGUUUCUGUAAUUUUUAAUGUUAAAAUGUUUACAUUACCAUUAUUGUUACAUUAACAUUAAAGUUGAUUACAGAAAAUUAGUUUGUAAUAAACGUUGGAAUUGGAAACAAAUACCUCUCUUUCCUUAUUUAUUAAAGUUAUGGCAAUGCUAACUAAUUAUUUCAAGUGGAUUGAAGAAAUAAUUUUUCUAAAUUAAUGAGACUAAAUGAAUUAAAAUCAAAAAGUUUAAUUUUUUAUUUUAAAUGUUACUUAUUUUAACUA